CCCAAAUUCUUCCUUUUCUCUCCCGUCCUCUCUUUUUCUCUCUACUCUCUUUCUUUCUUCUCUCUCCCUUCACCUGUUCCUACUGAGGAGAAAGCAACAAUGGCGAAUUCUGCGUCGGGCAUGGCGGUAAAUGACGAUUGUCAGCAGAGGUUUUUGGAAUUGAAGGCAAAGAGGAGCUAUAGGUUCAUAGUGUUCAAGAUCGAGGAGAAGAUACAACAGGUGACAGUGGAGAAGAUCGGUAUGCCAAACGAUACCUAUGAUGACUUCGCUGCGUCCCUCCCUCCAAAUGAAUGUCGAUAUGCGGUUUUCGAUUUCGACUUUGUCACAGAUGAGAAUUGCCAAAAGAGCAAGAUCUUCUUCAUUGCUUGGUCUCCAGACACUUCAAAGGUGAGGAGUAAGAUGCUAUAUGCGAGCUCUAAGGAUAGAUUCAAGAGAGAGCUGGAUGGCUUUCAAGUGGAAUUGCAAGCAACAGAUCCAAGUGAGCUAAGCAUGGACAUUAUUAAAGGCCGUGCUCUUUAAAUUCACCACCAUUUCCUUCUCUCUCUUUAUUUAUAUUCAUUUUUGGGCCUUUCAAUGUUGAUAUUUUACUAUUUUGAGCAAUGGAUGGACACCUAAAAAUAUUCUUCUUCUCG